CAACCAGGAACUGUUUUCUAACAUGAUAGAUUUGAGUAUUGUUUCAUGUUUGUGCAAAGCUUCCAGCAGCUUCGUUUACUUAGCUAUGAAGCCAGAGCCACUUCAGUACGCUGCUACGUAGUUUCGAAUGCCAUUCUCUUCCCCAUCUGUUUUGCGGCAAGGUGUACCCCAUUGAUAACCAGCAAAGUAAUAGUGUUCGAUAAUGACAUACACCAUCGCCUUUGUCUAAACUCAGUUAAGGAAACAUAGUUUACCACUCAUCAUGAAAUCAAUUCUCUUGUCUCUCGCAUACCUUGCAUCAAGCGUUUUUCCAAAUGCAGUGGUUGGACAAAGCGCAACAUCUCUGCCUGCUGAUCCAGUGGCUGGAGAAAACAAAGGAAAGCAGAUUGGAAAUGAAAUACCUCAAGAUGCGCCAGUGAGCCAAAAAGGAGGUGGUGCAUCAGGAGAACCUACAUCAACAAAUGAAAUACCAACGACCCCAGUUGAAAAAGGAGGAUCUCCUAAAGUUCCGGAGCCUGCUCAGCCACUAUGGGAGUCAGACAAGUGCACGUUCCUGGGGCAUAAAUGCUUUCCGUUGGACUAUUGUAAACCAAAAUACCGGCUGCGACUCCACGGUUGUAAGGACAGCGAUGUGUGCUGCAACGUUUAUAAAACUAGAUCAUGCACCAAAAUUGGAGGAGAAUGCCGAAAAAAAUGCCAUGAAGAUGAAGAACCGAACCGUUAUGUCCGUUGCGGACGUUCAUCGAAGAAUUGCUGCGUGUCCACCAAGUAGCACAUACCUUCGACAACGCCGGGAACCUGACCAUUCUGCUUUUCAGUUUCUUGAAAGGAUACUGCGCUUUUUCAACUAAUAUACUACGUGAACGGAAUAAAGAAUCUGGGGAAAAAUAAUAACUAAUGCACAGCAUUAUCUUAAUAAAGCUGAUAUGGCUCUGUU